CAGGUAAACCUUUGAUACUUUCCACCAAUCGGGUGUGAGGAACAGCAGAAGAACAACAACUGUUAUUCACCUCUGGGUGUGGUGGUCUCUUAUUUUAGUGGAGGGCUGGAGGCCUUCUGGAACACAUUUUAACUGGAAGAAAGGACUGUGCAUUGAAACUAUUUAUUGUGUUAGUAUUUUUUUUUUUACAUUUGGUUUGAGUAUGUAAUAUUGUAGUUAUUUCAUCAACACAUUAUUAGGCUAAUCCAUUGUUGUCACUAAGAAUCACCUGACAUUAACCAUAAUAUCUGAGCUCUAAUUGAUGGACACAGUAAACUAUAUAACAUGGGUCUAUUUGCUUUUGUGCUAGUAAGGGAAUAACACAGGAUAGUUUAAUAAUUAGCCAAACCAGAUGUAUUUUUAUUGUAUUUGACAUAUAAUAUGCCAUGAGAAGGACAAAUUCACAAUUUCUUUAUCAUUGUAAAAGUGCAGUCUGGACUGUCAGGAGGCAGAUAUCUAUCGAACUAGUGUGAUUAGUGGAUGCAUCAGACCGAUUAGAAAAGAGCGAAGAGUUGUGUGUUCCAGCGAAAAAAAUCUGUAAAUCCUAAAGCUACAAGCAUUUUUUCCCUCACCCACAGGCAUACUCCAAAAACCCAUUACUCAAGACAACGACGUUCUACCUGUAGAGCGGGCUAAAUCUCUGCGUAAAACGAAUUAACCCAAGAUAAAUCUACAGAAAAAAGAAGUGAUUUAUGAACAAAAGCACAAACGGAUUAACAUUUGUUAAGUUGCUCCAGUAAUCCAUAGUAAUCAAACUAAAGAAAGCUCAUUCUAAAAAGGUGGGCUGUCAACAUCCAGCCCCAAUCAUGGAUUGGAAGACCUUCCAAGCCCUCCUGAGUGGGGUGAAUAAGUACUCCACUGCGUUCGGCCGUAUCUGGCUCUCUGUGGUGUUUGUGUUCAGGGUAAUGGUGUACGUGGUGGCGGCAGAACGCGUGUGGGGCGAUGAGCAGAAGGACUUUGACUGCAACACCAAGCAGCCCGGCUGUGCUAACGUCUGUUACGACCACUACUUCCCCAUCUCCCACAUCCGCCUGUGGGCCCUGCAGCUCAUCUUCGUCACCUGCCCCUCCUUGAUGGUGGUGAUGCAUGUGGCGUAUCGCGAUGAACGUGAGCGGAAGUACCACGCCAAGCAUGGCAACAAGGCCAAGCUGUACGAGAACACAGGCAAAAAGCACGGCGGCCUCUGGUGGACCUACCUGCUCAGCCUCUUCGUCAAGACAGGCAUCGAGAUCUCCUUCCUCUACAUCCUCCACAAAAUCUAUGACAGCUUCUACCUGCCCAGGCUGGUCAAGUGUGAGGUCAGCCCAUGCCCCAAUCAGGUGGACUGCUACAUCGGCCACCCCACAGAGAAGAAGGUCUUCACCUACUUCAUGGUGGGCGCCUCGGCCUUCUGCAUCGUGCUCAACGUCUGUGAGAUCAUCUACCUCAUCUCCAAGGGCAUCGCUCGCAAAGCACAAAAGAUGAAGAGAAGAAAGCGCACCUUGGCCUUGCAUGAACGGUACAACAAGGAGAAUUCCUGCAGCGACUGCAGCACUCUACCUAUGUCUCGGCUGGAGAAACAAUCCUUAAAUCCCCAGUUUCCAGGCCACCUACAAGCCACCUUACCGGCUCAUAUGCAUGCUUCUGCCCCUAACCUGUCCUAGAGUGGAUGUCCACUCUAUCCCAAGACUGAACCAAACAUUAAGGCCUAUGGAGCCAGGCCUCACCUUAUUGGUCAAGCCUGUAUGAGAGACAGACUUUUCUCAAAGUCUCUACUGCCUUAGCUAUUACUGCCCUAUACUGCCAUGGAGCAAGGCUUUGUAUUGAUGUACAUGACCCUGGGGCUAGACAAGCCUGUCAUGAGCCACAUUCCAUUUUAUACAACUAAACUCUUACUGCCAGACUGAAUAACCAACCAUUCCAACCCAUUUCCCUUUACUAUCAACGUUUCCCUUUCAAUGCAACAUAGCGAAACAAAAUGAACUAUGCAAGAGUUAGCAUGCAAAACUACUGUCACUAUGUAAUACAUUUUUUUGUAGGCAAAACGCAUCGUAGUAGGAUUCUAUUGCAUUGACACGUCUACACAGACCGGUGUGGCAUAACCAAUCAGAGCUGCAGUAGGCCUAUUUAUUGG